UACGUUUAAAUAUGAGAAAAUUUUGUAUAAUAUGUUCCAUUCUACAAUUCUGAAAACAUUAUUAGUAAUAUAAUCAAGUUGCACUUUAAAAUACUUAAAGAUAUUUUAGAGCUUAUUGUUAGCGUAACGUUUGUGGAAGACAAAUCGAAUGUGAUAAGUUUAUCACAGUAUACACGCCAAGAAAACAUUAUUUUGCAAUACUGUUUUGCGCAAUAAGUAGAUAUACAUUGACGUGAGAUAAUUCCUACAAGAGCAAAAUUUUGUUGUUCUAAUCCUAGAAGUCGGUGACAAGCUCGAAUCGUAUUCUAGUCUUUCAGUGUACCGUUUUUAUCUACUUGAAUACAUUAUAGCUUCAAAAUAGUAUAUAUUUUAAUUUAAAUCAUAAAAUUCUCUAUAAAAACUGUGAUGAAAAAUGUCUUACAUUUAUAAGUUAUAAUGUACAACAUAUCAAAAAGCGAAGAAGAUGUAAGGACAUUUUUAUUAAAAUGAGUAUAAUUAUUGUUUUUUUCUAUGUUUGACUACUUACUGAACUUGAUAUAAGAUAUACUUAUAUAUUCAUAUACAAUUAUCAAUUCAUCUAUUGAUGUACAUUACAUAAUUACAUUUACAUUUAAUCAUUAACCAAUUUUUUGACAUUAAACUUUUGAACUUAUAAUUUUAUAACAGGAACAUUUCCAAUUUUUUCAGAACAUAACUUUAUUAAUUACAUUUCCUAUCUUUCAUUUUGUCCUAGGAAGCGAUUAAUUAGCAUCAUAUAAUCAUGAAAAAGUUGUAGAAAGUAUUUGCCUCUUCCAUAAUAUAUCACAAGAUAUUUCGUUCCAUGUCAUUAAUACUCAUUGUAACUCAAGAUCAAAGUAAAGUUGAUUACUAUUUAACUGUACACUCCCACUUGUUGAUAUUGUAUCUCAAUGUUAAUAUGUGCACGUUUCUGAUACGCGCGUCAAUGAUUCUGUUCUCUGAGUCUCACGGUCAGUCACUGCUGAUACGUUGUCCGCACUACAUCAGCCUACACGAUACCAAUUCGACCAAGUGAAACAAUGGCUGUCGUACUAGUGUCAUUGAUCCUCGCAGCAGUAGUUGUAUUCUAUUUUUAUUUGACGCGAAACUACAACUACUGGCAGAAAUGUGGAGUUCCGUGUGCAGAUGGAUUCUUUCCAGGAGUAGGCCACAUGUGGAUGCUUUUCACACAAACGAUGACUGACCUUUGUUGCAAAAUCUACAACGAUAACAAGCAACAUAGCAUGGUUGGUAUCUACAAUUACACGUUACCAUCAUUAAUGAUCCUCGAGCCGGAACUGGUGAAGACAGUGCUGCAGAGUAAUUUCGCGAGCUUCCACGAGAACAGUGUGAAGAUCGAUCCUAAAAUAGAUCCUCUCACAGCGCUCAAUCCUUUCUUUAGCUACGGCGAAAAGUGGGCAGCCGGUAGGAAGCGUCUCACUUACGCGUUUUCCAGCAUGCGACUGAAAAUUCUCCUCGAGAGUGUUAAACCGGUAUGUGUAAAAUUAGAGAACUACUUGGACAACAAAUUGGACAAAUCCGUAGAAGUUGAAGAAGAGUUGAAGAACUUGUUUUCUAAAUUCACUGCGCAAGUAGUGGCCGGUGCUGGAUUCGGUGUGGACGGGUACUGCUUCGAUGACGAGAAAAAGGAUAUGUCCUUCCAGAAAAUUGGCAAGGCCGUUUUGAAGCCGUCCAUUCGAAAGAAGAUCGUAUUUACCAUUGCAUUUUUCAUCCCUUCGCUAAACAAACUGUUCAAGUUCCCCUUAUUACCAAAGCAGAUCGAUCAGUUUUUUAGAACAUUAGUCACAGAGCUUAUUGAACAACGAAGGGCAGAUGGCAUACCCAAAAACGAUUUUCUUCAGUUGAUGGUUGAGCUGGAGCGGAUAGAAAACGAUAAAUUUGAUGUGGAAAUGCUUGCUUCUCAUGCGCUGUCGUUCUUCCUCGAUGGUUACGAGACCUCCAGCAUCACUUUGAGCUUCGUGGGCUUUCAAUUGGCCACCCACCCAGAAGUGCAGAACAGACUACGUGAUGAGGUGUUGACCGUGCUCAACAAAUACGAUAAUGAGAUCACUUAUGAAGCUUUAAAAGAGAUGGUAUAUAUGGAUCAAGUCAUCAACGAGUCAAUGAGACUCAUACCUACAGGAGGAUUCAUGUCGAAGACGUGCACUGAAGAAUUCGUGUUGAAAGGAUCUGAUGGACUCACCUGUCGCGUGCAACCUGGAACUAACGUUUUGAUACCAAUCCAAGGUCUACAUAAAGAUUCUCGAUACUGGGAGAAUCCCGAUGUGUUUGACCCCGACAGAUUCAGUUCGGACAGGAAGCACAACAUUCAGAAAUAUACCUUUCUUCCUUUCGGCGAGGGCCCACGGAUGUGUGUAGGAAUGAGAAUGGCUCUGUUGCAAAUGAAAGCAUGUUUAGCUGCGCUUCUAAGAAAGUACAGCUUAGAGCUAUCUCCGAAGACACAUGUGCCCUUGAAGAUGAUCAUGUAUGGAAUUAUAUUACCUGCCGUAAAGGGUGGCUUAUGGGUAAAAUUACGAAAGAUUUAAUUAAUUGGAGAAUUUUUUCAGAUUUUAGAUACAAGCGAAAUAAGUAGUUUUAAAUACCUAGGUAAUAAAAUUUCUUAUAAUAAUUCCUGAGUGAAUAAAAGUUAUAUAUUAUAUACAUAUAGUGCUAUCGUAAAUGU